CCUGCACUGCACACGUGUUCAAUCUGGUUGUCAAGCGGAUCCUGAAGUGUUCUGCCAUCUGCAAGACGUCCUAACAAUGGGAAGGAAACUGUGCAUGCACUUCAGCCACUCGUACACCACCAAGCACACCCUCCUUGAGCUGCAGCGUCAGAACGGUAUCCCACAACAUAGUCUUAUUUGUGACGUCGCCACACGUUGGAAUUCCACCCUCCAUAUGUUGGACAGACUAUACGAACAAAGAAAAGCCAUCACCGAUUUCUUGAUGAUCCAAGCAGAUAGGAGUACUCCCCUGUGUAACUUCAGUGUGAACCAGUGGAAGCUCAUACGUGACACCUGCCGUUUGCUGAGGCCCUUUGAUGAAGUCACAUUAUUUGUAAGUCGCCUGGAUUACGGGAUGAACGAUGUCAUUUCACUGCUUCAUCUACUACAACAAGUGUUGGAAACGAUGGCUGGUCAGGGCACUGGAGUUUUUCAAGUCAUCUGACAGGAGAGGAGGAUGAUGAGGGGCAGAGCGGAGCACAGUUUAGGUUGGAUGGCCGGUGAUUCUAGUCAUGUGACAGGAGAGGAGGAGCAGCCAGAGGAGCUGGAGGGUUAUUACGAGGAAGGCGAGACAGAGGACCCAGACACACCGUGGCAGUAUGCAGUGGUGAUGGAGGCAUGGAGUCCCUCCGAGUCACUGUCACAAAUGGCACGAUGCAUGCUCACUUGCUUGCGUAGUGACCGCCGAAUUAUCACCAUUCAGCAGCGGGAUGACUUCUGGAUCUCCACCUUAUUAGACCCUCGCUACUGUCCCAGAAUGGGGGCCUUUUUUACACCCACUAAGAGGGAAGACAAAAUGACCUACUACAGAGGCAUCCUAUGUAGUCAGUUGGCCUAUCGGCACCAUCGUCCAUCCUCUCGCAGGUCUGACUCGGGGGGCCCUCUGCGCUCACCUUCCACUGCCAUGGCUACUGGGGAGGGGAGGGGUGGCAGGAGCAGUACCGGCUCAAUCAGCAGCAGCCUGAGUCUACAGUCGCUGAUGAGUAGCUUUCUUCACCCGCAUAGUGAAGCAACUCAUCACCAGCAGGUAGACAUGGAGCAGGACCUGAACCAGCAGGUGAUGGCUUACCUUGACAUGAUCAUGCCAACAACCGUUGAAGAUCCGCUGGACUUCUGGGCAGCCAAACUUGAUUUGUGGCCACAACUAGCAGAGUUUGCCCUGGAAAAGCUGUCCUGCCCGCCCAGUAGUGUGCCAUCAGAGCGGGUGUUUAGUGCGGUCGGGGCCAUAGUCACCCCAAGGCGAACUCGUCUGUCCACCAAAAAUGUGGAGAGACUGACGUUUGUGAAGAUGAAUCAGGGAUGGAUCAGCCAGGAUUUCCAGCCACCAAUGCCAGAUGCAUCAGAGUAGAUUGACCAUGGUUCCACCAACACUUCACAAAUAUGGAUAGUGCCAAACAGAUUUAAGGCGCUGCUCCCCAGUUACAAACAUUCCUCCGCAUCAGACCACAAUUUCCUAUGAAUAUAUGACUAAGCCGCACCUGUGUCCCAAAGUCCAGGGGUAUUAUAUAUCAUGACACUGUGUGGUUUUAGGUGUCGAUGAUUAAGAAACUUCACCUGAAACCCGUCGGACAACUGUAUGUUGUGGAUGUAUACUGAAUAAAGGACAUUUUAUCCCGAAGUCCCAUCACUGGACAUUGUUCUACUUAUGUGGAUGUUGAGUCUGGAGCCGCUUUAUGUGUGACUGAUCCUUGUGCCUGGAGAGGAAGGAGAUCAAUCCCAGGAUUAUCCUCCUGGAUCCCACAGAUCACAAUGGCAGCGUACACAAGAAUCCUCCUGGGGGUCAUCCUCUGCGCCACCACAGUUUACUCUCUGAAAUGCUACACCUGUAACUUGGAAUUUAACAACGCCAACUGCCUGACGGCGACAAACUGCAGCAGUAACGCCACUUCAUGCCAGACGGAACUAAUAUCAGUCAAAGGCGGUUCGCUCACACUCACCAGCAUCACUAAGACAUGCGCCGAGUCCUGCUCUGCGUCCAGCACCAACUUUGGUCCAAGCACCUUCACAACUUCCUGCUGCAACACCGACCUGUGUAACACCAGUGGGGGCGCCAGCAUCACGUCCAGCUAUACCGCCAUCAUCCUGGCGCUGGGAUCCGUCCUGACAAUCCUGAGGAGCUCAAUGCUGUAACGGGGGACACCGCUGUACAAUAUAGAAAUAAAGAAAUUGUACCUACAGUGAUGCAUGAGAAAUUAUUGAUCUUCUUGCUAUCAGUGAAUGGAAAUAUUCUUUAUCGGAUCUAUAGAUGACCAUAUACAUCUCACAGCUGAGGGUUUGUUACCUUUGUAUCCA